CUGUGUUAAGGUGGUGUGGGGUGUGCUGUCCUAUUUAAAGCUUCUGCUUCUCUCCAGCCAGCAGAGAAACACCUUUCAAGAAGGAAUCAGUUGGUCCUUGUGGUCUCAGAAAACCCCGCUAAGAUGAGUGACAAGAACCCCGUGAAAGAGGAAGUGAAGACCUUCGACAAGAAGUGUCUGAAGAAGACCAACACCGCGGAGAAGAACACAUUGCCCACCAAGGAAGGUGAGACCCCCGAGAGGCCAGUCACAACGGGCCCCGGGCCCUGAUGCCCCUCACACGCC